AUGGACCAGGCCACCACUGCCGAUUACCUUGUGGUUGGCGCCGGGGCCAUGGGGAUGGCUUUCGUCGACACACUUCUCACCGAGAGCAGUAGGAAAACAAUCGUCAUGGUCGAUCGUUAUGCUCGUCCUGGCGGCCACUGGACGACUGCUUAUCAGUUUGUCCGGCUACAUCAACCAGCUGCUGCUUACGGCGUGAACUCGACGCGGCUCGAACACGACGGGAUCGAGGAGUUCGGCUGGAACAAGGGCCUCGCUGACUGCUCAUCUCGCGACGACGUUUGUGCCUACUUCGAGAGGGUCAUGAAGAAGACAUUCCUGGCGUCAGGACGUGUACAAUACUUCCCCAAGUGCGAUUACAUCGGCGAAGGCAGGUUUCGCUCCAUCCUGACAGGGAAAACGUACCGUGUCACGGCGAAUGACACAGAGUGUUGCGUUGUGGAUGCAACUUAUAGCCAAACUGUUGUUCCAUCAAUGCGACCGCCUCCCUAUGACGUCUCCAGCCAGGUCGACAUCGUAGCGCCCAAUGAUCUUUCUGGUGUCGCCCGUGGAUACGAAGCCUAUACUGUUGUCGGAGGCGGAAAGACAAGCAUGGACGCUUGCCUGUGGCUCCUUGAGAAUGGUAUCAACGCCUCUCAAAUCACCUGGAUCAGACCACGCGAUUCAUACCUCUUGGACCGUGCUACAUUUCAGCCCGGUUCUCAGUUUUCUGCCCAAGUCCAAGCCUUUGUCAAAAGUACGGGUGAAUCAAUUAUGGCCGCCUCGUCGGUGGGAGAUUUUCUCCGACGUCAGGUGGCCAAAGAACUCCUCCUUCAGCUCGAUGACAAGGUGGUCCCCACCAUGUUUCAUUGCGCCACAGUGUCACGUCUUGAGUUUGACGCGCUCAGGGAGAUCAAAUCUGUUGUCCGUAAAGGCCAUGUUACCAGUAUCACAAGGGAAGAAGUGACCCUAGAGCAUGGUAGCUACAAACCCAUCCCGGACACACUCUAUGUUGACUGCUCUGCUACAGCGGUUCCCAAACUCGCCCCCGUGACCAUUUUCCGAAAGAACAACAUCACACUUCAGCCCGUCCAACAGUGCCAGCAGGUUUUCAGUGCAGCAAUGAUUGCUCACGUUGAGGCAACCUACGGAGAAGAAGAAAGGCUCAAGAACGAGCUUUGCCGACCAGUCCCCAUACCCAACGAGCCGAUGGGUUACCCUCUCGCCAUGCUCCAGUCUAAUUUGAACGCAAUGCGCUGGCUCAAACAGCCCCGAACCGCUUCUUGGUUGGAAACUUGCCGCCUGGAGACAUUCAAGCGCCCUGUCCCGGACGAUCCCGGGUUGAAAAUGGCCCAUAACAAACGAAGGGUAGCAACUUUGGACGCCACAUGCAAGAAACUUCUACACCUUAUUGACAGUUCACCUGAGGAAGAUGCAGCGAAGAUGCACGCGCAGCUUAAAGGCUUUUCUCUUCCCAAGUCCGCAACUGCACGACUGUAG